CAUUCAAACCACUACUCUGUUUUUCUCCUUUGAGACCCAUUAUACUUCUUCCAUUUCUUCUUCCUCUCAGCCAUGGCACAUAUACUCACAGUUUUUUUCUUCAUUACUACAUUUCAAACUCUAUCAGUACUCCAUGGAGUUUACAGCCAUGGCAAUGCACAUAAAUGCAGAUCAUACUGUGGAAACUUAACAGUAGAUUACCCUUUCGCAAUUCAAUCCGGCUGCGGCCAUUCCGGUUACAGAGAUCUCCUUUUUUGCAUCAACGAUGUUUUAAUGCUUCACAUUAGCUCUGGAUCCUAUCGCGUAUUGGACAUUGAUUACGCUUACGAAUCCCUAACCUUAGACGAUCCUCACAUGUCAACUUGCUCGUCGAUAGUAUUCGGCCAUCGCGGCAACGGCUUCGUCGUUGAGCGGUGGCGAGAGCCGUAUUUAAACCCUACGGCGGAUAAUGUGUUUAUGCUGCUAGGUUGUACGGCGGAAUCGCCGCUGUUCCAAGGGUUUCCGGGGAAGCAUUUGCCGUGCCGGAAUGUUUCCGGGAUGGGCUGUGAGGAGUAUUAUGGGUGUCCGGGCUGGGAUAUUAUUGGGCCAAAAAAAGUGGGGGUAGUGUAUGGAUCAGGUCCACCUGAUUGUUGUGCAGUUUCGUUUGAAGCUAUUAAGGCUAUUAAUUUGACUAAACUUAGUUGUCAAGGGUAUAGUAGUGCUUAUAGUUUAGCUCCAUUGAGAGUGGAUGGACCUCAUGGAUGGUCUUAUGGGAUAAGAGUGAAGUAUUCAGUUGAAGGAGAUGACUCAUUUUGUAAAGCUUGUGAGGCAACAGGAGGAUCUUGUGGCUAUGAUGUUAAUGAUUUUAGCAGUUUGUGUAUGUGUGGAUCAUGGAAUUCUACUUCCAAUUGUGAUUCAGUCCACUCAGCUUCGCACAGAAGAACUUGGUCGUUAAUGGAUGCACUAACAGGACUUGUUGAAUGUAUUGCCAUCUGGAAGCUCUCCGCCACACUUGGACUGUAGGGAAAAAAUCGCUUUCUAGUGUUUGAUUGAUCCAAAGAAGAAGACGAAGAGACGUAGUUCAAAUGUGUUUACCAGAAGAACAUAUAAGUGCAACUUAUAUCAAUGUUGCAUCAUCUCAAGUUUUGUCUGAAGAAUGAAGAAAUUGAUUGUAUGUUAGUAAUUGUUAUGUAUGCACACAUAUAGAGACAACUUGAUUCUUCAAGUUACUGUAUAAUUUAAGAUUUGCAACUAAAUAUAAACCCGCUUAU